GGUGCCGUGGCCCGGCCCCGCCCCUCCUCUUUCUCUCCAACAGGAAGGUGAUGGCGGCUCCGGGGAUCUUAGCGGGGACACCGGUUGCUCUGAACGGGUCGGCGGUGAAGAUACAUCCGGUGGUUCUGGCCUCCAUUGUGGACAGCUACGAGCGGAGGAAUGAGGGGGCGGCCCGGGUGAUCGGCACACUGCUGGGAACGAUAGAAAAACAUUCUGUGGAGAUCACCAACUGCUUCUCCGUCCCACACAAUGAGUCCGAGGAUGAGGUACGUCCCUGUGACCCCCCUUUAGCUCCCCUCUCUCACCCCUCCAUUUAGCUCCCUUGGUACGCCACAGGUGAUGACAUCACGGAGCAUUCCGUACUCAUCCACGAGUAUUACAGCCGGGAGGCCAACAAUCCCAUUCACCUGACCGUGGACACCAGCAUGCAAGGCAACCGCAUGAACAUCAAAGCGUACUCCACCCGAUGCCGACUGUUUCCCGGUAAAACGAUGGGAGUGAUGUUCACCCCCCUCACAGUACAAUACAUCUACUAUGACACAGAGCGGAUCGGAGUCGAUCUGAUCACCAAGACUUGCUUUAACCCCAACCGCUCCAUCAGCCUGACCAGCGACCUUCAGCAAGUGGGAUCGGCAGCCAGCCGCCUGAUGGAUUCUCUGGCCACUGUGCUGCAGUAUGCUGAGGAUGUGCUGUCUGGUAAAAUCACAGCGGACAACACGGUGGGACGGUACCUGAUGGACCUUGUCAACCACGUCCCCAAGAUCAGCCCGGAGGACUUCGAGGCCAUGCUCAACAGCAACAUCAAUGACCUGCUCAUGGUCACCUACCUGGCCAACCUCACCCAGGCUCAGAUCGCCCUCAAUGAGAAGCUGCUCAACUUGUGAGAGGACCAUCCAGCAGGACCUUCGCCUUUGUACUGGAAGGGACCGUAC